AUGAAGAGGUUGAAGGGUUUACGCGGCAAGAAGCACAGUUUCCACUACGAAAUAGUGGAGGAUAGGGAAGAGACCCAAGGAGCAUUCUAUUGUUCUCGCGUAAUAGGAUCACCAUUAGAUUGGAACUUCACCACGACGAAGCAGGAUAGCUUGAACGGACGCUCGAUAGCAUAUCCCCGUGGAUUCGGUUUGGGUGGAAGUAGUGCUAUCAAUGCUAUGGCAUAUACCCGCAAUUCGUUCCAAGAUUAUGAUCGUUACGCUCAGAUCAGUGGUGACCUGGGAUGGCGAUGGGAUGCUCUGCAGCCAUAUAUUCGCAAGAACGAACACUUCGUUGCUCCUGCUGACCACCAUAAUACCACCGGCCAGUUCAAUGCUUCGGUCCAUGGCUUCGAUGGGGUCACCUCAGUCUCUCUCCCGGGAUAUCCGCGACUUGCCGAUGGGCGUGUCAUCAAGGCGACGACGGAGCUUCCUGUCGAGUUCCCUUUCAACUUGGAUUACAAUUCGGGGCACCAGCUGGGCAUUGGUUGGGCAUCUAUGACAAUUGGACACGGUACUCGCAGCAGUUCAGAGACGUCGUAUCUUGGGCCGACGAUCAUUGACCGGCCCAAUCUGCACAUCCUUAUCCGCGCCCAUGUAACCCGAAUUCUCCCAUUCAGUAAGGCAAAUUUAACAUUUGGCGCUGUCGAGUUUACUCAGGAUGCUGGCGUCACCAAACACAUUCUGACGCCUCCAUCCCUGAAAGAAAUCAUCCUUUCUGCGGGAGUCAUCGGAACACCGCAUAUACUCCUCCAUUCUGGUAUAGGCGACAGCAGUGAACUUGCAGAUCUAGGAAUUCCGUCCACUCUGAACCUCAGCGACGUUGGCAAGGAUUUGUCUGACCAUGUUAGAUGGGAUGUUCCGUUCACCAUCAACGACACCAAGGCGGUUGAGAACGUAUAUUUCCGGAACGCCACUUUUCAGCGUGAUUCUUUGGUGGAAUGGAAAUCCAAUCGCACGGGUUUUUUGACGACGGGCUUGAUAAAUCAGCUCGGGUUUCUUCGUGUACCCAAUAAUGCAGGUGUUUGGACUGAAGAGCCGUGCGCGGGAAAUGAGACUGCUCAUUACGAACUAGCGUUUGUGAACGGUGUUACUAGUGACCCUCCUCCCGAGACGGGGAACUUCUUUGUGAUCGUACCUUCUGUGCUCUGUCCUCGAUCACGCGGGAGUGUACGCAUUAACAGUACAAACCCUCUGGAUCCACCGCUCAUCAACCCGAAUUACUUCUCCCACCCACAAGACCUAGCUAUCCUGCACUACGCCAUCGAGAGUAUAAAGAGGUUUGUCAACUCGAGAGUUUGGGAGGGGUAUAUCCUUGAGAUUGGUGAUAUCAAGGAUCGAGCGUCCAGUGCUUAUCACCCGGUUGGGACAGCGAGCAUGUCUCCCUUUGGUGCGGAUUGGGGAGUUGUGAACCCAGAUUUGACGUUGAAGGGGGCGGAGGGGGUGAGGGUUGUGGAUGCUUCGGUUUUUCCGUUCGUGCCGUCAGGACAUGUGCAAGCGCCGGUGUAUAUUUUUGCGGAGAGGGCGGCGGAUAUGAUUAAAGCGAGUUCAGCAUAUUUGGGUGGAAGGUAG